UCGAUUUAGGUUUAAUAAAACAUACUAAUAAAAACAAUGUGAUGCGAUUAAAAUGUCUUUAACCUAUCUGGGUAGUCGCAUGAAGUCCCAAAGCCAUUAUCAUUGGCCUGAAAUCUGUCGAGUAGUGAAUAAAAUCAUCUAACCAAAGUAGAAAUCUUCUCUGAUACAGCGAGACUCUGUGUCUCAUUCUUUGAAGCGGACGCCCAUAAUUUAUCUUUCUUCUCAAUGUGGGCUUUUCACUCUCCUCAAAUCACCCAAUCACCUUCCCCCCAUGCCACUCACUUGCCUCGUCCCUCUCCUAAAUCACCGAUCUGCUUUGUGAACUUAAACCCGGCAGCCGCCGUAACCGCUGCGACCUCCACAUCCAAUAAUAACGAGCUAAUACAAUCUCUGUGUAAGCAAGGCAACCUAAAACAAGCACUUAAGCUCCUCUCUCACGAGCCCCAACCGACCCAGCAUACUUAUGAGCUUCUAAUUCUCUCUUGCACCCACCAAAACUCUCUCCUUGAUGCUCAAUUGGUUCAUCGCCACCUCCUUGCAAAUGGGUUUGAUCAAGAUACUUUCUUGGCCACCAAACUCAUUAAUAUGUAUUCCUUUUUUGGGUCAUUACGUGAUGCGCGCAAGGUGUUUGACAAAACUCAAAAGAGAACAAUUUAUGUUUAUAAUGCGCUCUUUCGAGCGCUUACUUUGGGGGGUCAUGGAGAGGAAGUGCUGAGCUUGUAUCGCAGGAUGAAUUCUCUUGGUAUUCCCUCAGAUAGAUUCACGUUCACUUACGUGCUUAAAGCUUGUGUUGCAUCGGAUUGUCUGAUAUCACUGCUAAAGAAGGGAAAGGAGAUUCAUGCACAAAUUUUGCGACGUGGGUAUGAGGCACAUGUUCAUAUUACAACAACUUUGGUUGACAUGUAUGCAAGGUUUGGUUGUGUAUCCUAUGCUAGUUUGGUUUUUAAUGAAAUGCCAGUGAAAAAUGUGGUUUCUUGGAGUGCUAUGAUUGCUUGUUAUGCAAAGAAUGGGAGACCUUUCGAGGCAUUGGAGCUUUUUGGAGAAAUGAUGCUUGAGAACCAGGAUCUGUGUCCUAAUUCUGUGACAAUGGUUAGUGUGCUUCAAGCUUGUGCUGCUCUUGCAGCUUUGGAACAAGGGAGGUUGAUACAUGGGUAUAUUCUUAGGAGGGGACUCGAUAAUAUCUUACCAGUUAUUAGUGCCCUUGUUACUAUGUAUGCAAGGUGUGGUAAGCUUGAAUUGGGGCAACGGGUGUUUGAUCAGAUGGAUAAGAGAGAUGUUGUUUCCUGGAAUUCACUGAUUUCAAGUUAUGGGGUUCAUGGAUUUGGAAAGAAAGCUAUCCAAAUUUUUGAUGAAAUGAUCCGUCAAGGUGUAUUGCCAAGUCCCAUAUCGUUUGUUAGUGUUUUGGGAGCUUGCAGCCAUGCAGGACUCGUUGAGGAGGGGAAGAUUUUGUUCCAGUCAAUGCAUAAAAAGUAUGGGAUAUACCCUAGCGUGGAGCAUUAUGCUUGUAUGGUGGACCUCCUUGGGCGAGCUAAUAGGUUAGAGGAAGCAGCUAAAAUUAUUCAGGACAUGCGACUUGAACCAGGGCCUAAAGUUUGGGGUUCUCUCCUUGGAUCCUGUAGAAUUCAUUGUAAUGUUGAACUUGCAGAGUGGGCAAGUGCGAGGCUUUUUGAGCUUGAGCCUACGAAUGCUGGGAAUUAUGUUCUUCUUGCUGACAUUUAUGCAGAAGCUGGUAUGUGGGAUGGGGUAAAAAGAGUGAAGAAGCUGCUUGGAGCUCGAGGACUACAAAAAGUACCCGGUCGCAGUUGGAUAGAAGCUAAAAGAAAAAUCUUCUCAUUUGUGUCCGUUGAUGAGUUUAACCCACAGAUUGAGCAGCUCCAUGCUUUGUUGGUGAAACUAUCAACUGAGAUGAAGGAGAAAGGCUACGUGCCACAAACCAAAGUUGUGCUCUAUGACCUUGAUGCUGAGGAAAAGGAGCGAAUUAUAUUAGGCCACAGUGAAAAGCUAGCUGUUGCCUUCGGGCUUAUCAAUACAAGUCAUGGAGAGCCAAUUCGGAUCACCAAAAAUUUAAGAUUAUGUGAAGAUUGCCAUUCUUUUACAAAGUUCAUUUCCAAGUUCACAAAUAAGGAGAUUCUGGUGAGAGAUGUGAAUCGUUUUCACCAUUUCCGAGAUGGAGUUUGCUCAUGUGGGGAUUAUUGGUGAUUAUAUGCAAUAAUAAUUUUUAUUUUUAAUUAUUUUCUUCUAAUAAUAAUAGGUGAGAAUUUUCAUAGGAAGAGAGAGAGAGACAGAGACAGAGAGAUGUACAGUAGCAAAUACCAUGUUCUCUAGAGAAGUUACAUUUUUUUCAACAGAAGCUUUUGUUCAACCUUCCAA